UAUGUACAAGCAAUACAAUUGAUCCCCUUUUAUAUUUUCACUCUUCUAAUAAAAAAUAAUAAAAUAAUAAAAUUAGAUGCACAAAAAAAUAUGUGCACACGAAAACAAUAGAACAGUGAGUUUUAUUCGGAGCAAAUCUCUGACGGUCCACAAAUUCAAGAACCUAGUCAAACUUUAUCAAACAGAAUUGUUUCUGUUUCUUCACAAGCUCUGAUCUUUUUAGUUUAGAGAAGGUCGGCAGGAAAGGAUUUUUAUCGGGGAUUCUGGUGGGCAAUUGAUUGGAGUCCCAGGGGGGUAAUUGAUUGGAGUCCCGCCGGUUGCAAGCUCUGUAACCGCGGGCAGGAGAUGUCUAAAUUUCAGGGCGUUCUUGUAUCAGAUCAGUGGCUUCAAAGCCAGUUCACACAAGUUGAGCUACGCACUCUCAAGAAUAAAUUCACAACUAUAAAAAACAAGAAUGGCAAAGUUACAAUUGGGGAUUUGCCGCCUGUACUGGCAAAACGAAAAACUUCGAGUGAGGUAUUUACCGAGGAAGUUAUCAAAGCGUUAUUGGACGAAUCAGGGUCUGAUAUGAGCAAGGUGAUCGAUUUUGAAGGAUUCCUCAGGACCUUUUUAGAUUUGCAAGCGCGAGCUGCUGCUAAAUUGGGCAAUUCGAAUAGCUCAUUCCUUAAGGCCACAACAACUACUCUCCUUCACACUAUAGUUGAAUCAGAGAAAUCAUGUUAUGUCGCUCAUAUCAACAGCUAUCUAAGGGAUGAUCCUUUCUUAAAACAGUUUCUUCCUAUAGAUCCAAAAAGUAAUGCUUUAUUUGAUCUGGCAAAAGAUGGAGUUCUAUUAUGCAAGCUUAUCAAUGUUGCUGUCCCGAAUACAAUUGAUGAAAGAGCCAUUAACACCAAAAAAGUACUAAAUCCAUGGGAGAGAAAUGAGAAUCAUACGCUUUGCCUCAACUCUGCCAAGGCUAUAGGCUGUACCGUAGUUAACAUUGGUACCCAAGACCUCGUUGAAGGAAGAACUCAUCUGGUACUUGGAUUAAUCUCUCAAAUCAUUAAGAUUCAACUAUUGGCAGAUCUUAACCUCAGGAAAACACCCCAGCUUCUUGAAUUGGUGGAAGAAAACAAUGAUAUUGAGGAGCUUAUAGGAUUACCUCCCGAGAAAGUACUUUUAAAAUGGAUGAACUUCCAUCUCAAGAAAGCCGGCUAUAAGAAAACUGUAGCAAACUUCUCUUCUGACUUGAAGGAUGGGGAAGCUUAUGCCUACUUGCUUAACGUUCUUGCACCAGAACACUGCAACCCAGAUACAUUAGAUGCCAAGGAUCCUGUUGAAAGGGCUAAUAUGGUACUCGAACAUGCAGAGAAAAUGGAAUGUAAAAGAUACUUAACUCCAGAAGACAUCGUUGAAGGCUCGUCAAAUCUGAACCUUGCAUUUGUUGCUCAGAUAUUUCAUCAAAGGAGUGGCCUGUCUGCAGACAGUAAAAAAGUUUCGUAUGCAGAGAUGAUGACUGAUGAUGAGCAGAUAUCUAGAGAUGAAAGGUGCUUCAGAUUGUGGAUCAACAGUCUUGGCAUUUCUACUUAUGUUAAUAAUAUAUUUGAGGAUGCAAGAAACGGAUGGAUGCUCUUGGAAGCACUUGACAAGGUUUCUCCAGGAUCAGUUAACUGGAAGCAGGCAACAAAGCCUCCUAUCAAAAUGCCAUUUAGAAAAGUAGAGAACUGUAACCAAGUUACUAGGAUUGGGGGGCAGCUAAAAUUUUCUUUGGUGAAUGUAGCUGGCAAUGAUUUUGUUCAAGGGAAUAAAAAACUCAUACUCGCUUUCCUGUGGCAGUUGAUGAGAUUCAAUAUGCUUCAACUCUUAAAGAACUUGAGGUCGCGCACUCAAGGUAAGGAGAUCACUGAUGCUGAUAUAUUGAAUUGGGCGAACAGAAAAGUGAAAAGCACCGGCAGAACAUCUAAAAUUGAGAGCUUUAAGGAUAAAAGCCUUUCAAAUGGCUUAUUCUUUCUUGAGCUUCUCAGUGCUGUAGAACCAAGGGUCGUCAAUUGGAAUCUUGUUACCAAGGGUGAAACUGAUGACAAGAAGAAGCUGAAUGCUACUUACAUUAUUAGUGUUGCUCGGAAGCUUGGGUGUUCCAUAUUUUUGUUGCCUGAAGAUAUUAUGGAGGUAAACCAGAAGAUGAUGCUUAUGCUCACAGCCAGUAUCAUGUUAUGGAGCCUUCAACAACAAGCAGAGUCAUCUCCAUCUCCUUCAGUUACUACCCCUGAUAUAUCCCCUGCACCUUCCAUAAAUGGUGAUAUCUGUACUCUUGAUGAAUCUCCUGCACCAUCGAUUAAUGGUGAUGCUUCUCCAAACCCAGCUGUCAUUAUGACCCCUGAUCAAUCGCCUGCACCCUCUGUUAAUGGCGAGGAUGAAUGUUCUCUGGACGGUGACAUCUCAAACAUGACACUUGACGAGGAAGCUAGACUCAGCGUCUCUGCUACCAGUCAUUCCUCAGCUGCACCUUCCGUUAAUGGCGACGAAGUUAAUGGUGAGGACAAAGGUGCUGCUAGUGGUGAUGAAGUCUCGAGCAACAUCUAAAACAUGCGGUUGCCUCACAAGUCGAUGAUCAUAUGCAUACUUUACUACAACGAUGAAAAGUGAUUGCUUUAUAUAUAUAUGCGGUCAUUUGAACAACAGGUGGGGGGAAGAGGCAAAACCAACAGAAAGGUUUUCAUAGAAUGUGUACAAUGAUGAGAUAGAGCCAUAAAUGCAGAAUUAUACAACAGAUAUUGCCAUAGUAAAGAAAAAGGAAAAAAAAAGGAGCUUGUUUUAUACCUUGUUACUUUUUUGCCCCAUGUAUAAAUAUAAUUUCGUUGCUUGCA